GCGCGCGCGAAUUGCCCUACCAAAGCAACAUGGCGAACGCUCGGGGAGCGCGCCUCGUCUCAUAAAACAAGCGGAUAAUCCCAUUCUAACAUCACAUACAUAAUUAUUAUUUCUACAAUUCAUUCGCGGAAAAAAAUGUUAUAGUGUCCGACCCGCGGCUGUGAAUAGUGAAUUCUUUUGUGUACACAGUGAGUUAUUGUUUAUUGCAUGAGUGGAUCUCAUGGGGUGGCCGAGGCACGGGACGAUGGACGCGACUCACCGGCCAGCACGGAGCAGCUAACGAAAUGCGGGGUGAAGGGUACGAGCGAGCUGGACUGCGUAGCAAUAGGUAGCCGGCUGCGCGGAGCCAUGGGGACCAGGCCCCCGGCCAAGUUCUGGCCCCAACUCUGGGCCACCAUCGUUAGAAACAUUCUGCUCAAGAAACGGGAUACCAGGAAGACUCUUGCUGAGGUGCUGGUGCCAUUAUACUCUAUGGGAGUGCUGAUAUUCCUCAAGAUGUUGGUGCCGAACCCCAACUUCCCGGAGAUGUCGAAACCAGGCCCGUUGCUCAGGAUCCAUCAUGACGCCUUCCCCGAAAACCACUCGGUUGCCGUGGUAGCUGACUGGCAGAAUGCUAACGGAACUAUGGGUUUUCUUGACGAGAUAAACGCGAUGCUGGCGGAAUCCCACCAGCAACCGAUAAACUGGAUCAAGUACAACAACAAUUCCGAGCUGAACGACGCCUACCACAACGACGCCAAGAACUUUCCGAUCACCGUUAUUUUCCAAACUGACCCCACGUCUCGCACCGAGCCGCUCAGAUAUACCAUCCGGACCAACCCAUCCCGUAGCGGCACUCCAACAACUCGUGCCCUGUAUACCUCUCAAGCCAAGUGCCGCGUCAGGUCCAGCUCCACGGAGUCGGACUGGGCGCGCGGGGGACAGCUCAUCCCUCUGUCCGAGAUGAACCGAGAGGACACGUGCCCAGUGCUGCAGUAUUACUACUCCGGAUUCCUGGCAUUGCAGACCCUCAUCGAUUACAUCAAGAUGAAGGUGGAUACAGACUCCCCCAUCCCUCCUCCCCGCAUAGACCUGCGACAGUUUCCAAAGCGCCAGCACACGGGCGACUGGCUCGUCAUCUUCAGGGUCAUCAUGCCCAUGUAUAUGGUGAUGACUCUAUCUCAGUUCAUCACCUAUCUUCUAAUGUUCGUUGUGGGAGAGAAGGAGAAGAAAAUACGAGAAGGCAUGAGGAUUAUGGGGUUAAAGGAUUCUGUAUACUGGGGUUCCUGGUUUUUAAUAUACGCAGUUUUUGUAACCGUAUUAUCAAUCGUCAGUACUGUACUUCUUUUUACAUUAAAGGUAUUUCAGCAUUCGUCGUACAUCUUGAUAUUCCUCCUGAUGCUUCUGUUCGGCUUCACAAUAAUAACCUUCGCAUUCAUGCUGACACCAUUCUUCGACAGAGCUAGGACAGCGGGCAUCCUGGGCAGCUUCGCUGUGAACCUGAUGAGCGGCCUCUACUUCAUCCAGGUGUUCGUCUCCAACGCGGACUCCCUCGCCUUCUGGUUCGUCUCGCUCAUCAGCUCCAGCUGUUACGCUCUGGCUAUGGAUAAGGCGUUAGUCCUGGAUAUGGCCGGUGUGGGAGUGACGUGGGACAACCUGUGGACCGGACCCGGUGUGCCCUUCGGAGGCAGUCUCAUCAUGAUGGCUAUUGACACCGUCCUUUAUGGAUUCAUCGCCUAUUGGCUGGAUGCCGUUAUGCCCAGUGAGUACGGCAUCAAGCAGAAGCCAUGGUUCUGCCUGAUGCCGUCUUUCUGGCUCGGCAGCCGGCGCAGCAGGGUCUCCGCCGUCCACUUCCAUUCCAACGGCGAUGCUGCCCACAAUAAGGAUAUCGAACCAGUUCCAAGGGAACUCCAAGACAAGGAAGCCAUUAGGAUCGUGGGUCUGCAGAAGAGCUUCCGUCAGUGUCGUCGUCCAGAAAUGAAAGCCAUCGACGGCAUUGAUCUGAGCAUCUAUGAAGGCCAGAUCACUGCAGUGCUGGGUCACAACGGUGCCGGGAAAUCUACGCUCUUCAAUAUCUUGACUGGACUAACUGCACCCACCGCUGGGACAGCCUAUGUUUAUGGGCUUGAUGUUAGAGACCCCGCCGACAUGCACGAGAUCCGCCAGAUGAUCGGCGUGUGUCCUCAGCAAGACGUCCUCUUCGAUCUGCUGUCGGUUAAAGAGCACCUCAGGUUCUUUGCCGCUGUAAAGGGGAUCCCUCGUAAAAAGCAGCCAGAAGAAAUACACAAAGCCAUAUCGGAUGUCGGCUUACUGGACCAAGCACAUGUAUUUGCUAAACAUCUAUCGGGCGGACAGAAGAGGAAGCUUAGUAUAGCCAUCGCUUUAAUUGGAGAUCCAAAGAUUAUAAUCUUAGACGAACCAACAGCGGGUGUGGAUCCAGUCUCUCGGAGACAAACAUGGAGAAUCCUUCAAAGGGCUCGUCACGGGAAAGUAUUAUUAUUAACGACACACUUCAUGGACGAAGCCGACAUAUUGGGAGACAGGAAGGCUGUCAUCAGUAAAGGCAGAGUACGAUGUGCGGGCACGUCGUUAUUCUUGAAAAACAAGUUCGGUAUUGGAUACCAUCUGACUUUGGUGUUAGACGGCGCAUGUCGCGAGCACCAGAUCACGCGGCUGGUGCGCGGUCACGUGCCGCGCGCGGAGAAGGCGCGGCGCCACGGCCGCGAGCUGUCCUACAUCCUGCCGCACUACGCCGUGCAUCUGUUCCCGCCGCUAUUCAACGCCAUCGAGCAUGAGAUUAAGGACAAGACUAAUAGGCUCGGUAUAACAAGCUACGGUGUAUCAAUGACGACUUUGGAAGAGGUGUUCCUGAGUUUAGAAGGUGAAAAUGCAGAAGAGACAGAAGUAGUAGAAGGCGUGUCUUCUGUGAAGUUAGUGAGAGCAAGAGCGUUGUCCAGGAGUCUAUCAUUACAAAGCAAAACAUUAAGUUAUCAGGAGCUCAAUGAUAAAGACAAUCAGAAAGCAACGUCUCUGCCGACACCACCGGCAUCACACGCGUUACAUUCCACCACUCACGGCGUGGAACAUGUUAAGGUGGCUCCCGAAAUGCCUAUAUCGGUAGACGCGUUAGGUGAAACAGUGAAGACCACUCCGUCGUGUUGGAGGACAUUCUGCGCGCUUGUCUACAUCAGAACAGUCAGGAUGAUCAGGGACCCUUACAAGUUAUACGUCAUGAUCUUGCUGCCGAUCAUAUCCUGUGCACUGGGUCUCUACAUCAAAUCCAAGCAGAUCGUCUUUUUUCGAAUGCAGCCGCUCAAAUUGGAUCCAAAUGCGUAUUCCAACAAAACUCCUAUAGCCAUAUACAGCGAGCAAGAUAACUUUAAAGAGCUCUCAGAUUUGAGGGACUCUUUAGAAACAUUAGGAGCGUAUCCUAUUGUAGAUUUUGAUGGAAACUUCUCCAGUUUCUUAGACAUGGAGAAUUUUGGGGCUUUUAGUUUAGGGGACAGUUUGAUUCCUUACGGCAAGAUCAUGGCUUAUUACAACACGUCUUUUACGCACAGUCUGCCUGUUAUAGUGAAUUUGUUGGAUAAUAGCAUCUAUAGGGUUCUAAUGUCAACAUCAGGUCUCAUAGAGAACUUCAAACCGAUCGAGGUGCAGACCCAUCCGUUCCAGAUGACGGAACAGCAGGAAGAGUUCAACCUCGGCAACGUGGUGUGCGCCAUCUUCAUGGGCAUGAUCUUCGCGCUGGUGCCCGUCACUCUGGCUGUGGAUAUCGUUUAUGAUCGAGAGAUCAAAGCCAAGAACCAGUUGAGAGUGAACGGGCUGUCAAUGAGCCUGUACUUCAUCACGUACUUCAUCAUCCUCGCAUUUAUUAUGGUCAUCACAAGCGCUGGAGUACUUCUCUUGGUACUGCUAAACGACAUCCCAAGCUUGACCAACAGUUCAGCCAUGACGAUGCUCUCCGGCCUGCUCGUGCUCUACAGUCCGUCCGCCAUCUUGUUCAACACGUGUCUCUCGUACAUCUUCGACAAGAUGGACUCCGCGCAGAGUAUCAUGCCCAACAUUACGACGUGGGUUGGCGUUAUACCCUUCGUGUUGGUGUCUGUGCUUGAUACUUUUAAAUGGGGCAGCGAUACAGCUUUCUACUUACACAUGGUGUUCAGUUUCCUCGAUGUGAUGUACAUACCUUACGCAAUAAUAUACUAUGUGGAUAGGGUGUACGUGACGUGCAACCUGCGCGGGCUGUGCACGACGCCGGCGCUGAGCAGCUACUUCACGGCGGAGGUGUGGGUGCUGGUGGUCGCCAUGCUGCUGCACGUGCCCGUCUGCGGGGCUGUGCUGCUGGCCGCCGACAGGCUCAAGUCCGGGGGCAGGAUCUGUCCGCGCAAACGCAGUGCGGCAGAGAGCGCGGGCGCGGAGGAGGCGGAGGCGGGCGGCGAGGCGGGCGAGGACGAGGACGUGCGGCGCGAGCGGCGCCGCGUUGCCAACAUCCUGCACCAGCCGCUCACCGCCGCGCCGCCGCUCGUCGUGCAUAAUCUACGCAAGGAGUACAAAGUCCGUGGCACUGGGAGUGGCGGCGGGUCCUGCUGCUCCCACCAAGAGGAGACCGCGUCCCGCGUCCGCUCGCGGUACGUGGGGCUGGGCCGGCUCAGCCUGGCCGUCGAGGGGGGGGAGGUGUUCGGACUGCUCGGACACAACGGCGCCGGGAAGACCACCACCAUGAAAAUCAUUACUGCUGAGGAGAGGCCCACUAAUGGCACGGUGAUUCUGGGCAGUCAGAACAUGGAAGACUCGCAGACAUCGGCGUUCAGGAUGCUGGGCUACUGCCCGCAGCACGACGCCAUCUGGAAGAACGUCACCAUCCGCGAACACAUCGAGUGCUACGCUGCCAUCAGGGGCGUCAGCAAGCAGGAUACUCCUAGGAUAGUAGACGCGUACCUGAAUGGCCUCCAGAUAAUGGAGCACGCUCACAAGAACGCGGAGGAGUGUUCGGGCGGCACGCGGCGCAAGCUGUCGUUCGCGCUGGCGAUGGUGGGGUCGCCGCGCGUCGUGCUGCUGGACGAGCCCUCCACCGGCAUGGACCCGCGCAGCAAGCGCUUCCUCUGGGACACCAUCCUCGCCAGCUUCCAGGGAAAAAAGGGUGCUAUACUUACGACACAUUCCAUGGAAGAGGCUGAUGCUUUAUGUUCCAGAGUCGGCAUCAUGGUUAAAGGUAGCCUAAGAUGUAUUGGCUCCACACAACACUUAAAGAAUCUGUACGGUGCGGGUUAUACGUUAGAAAUGAAGAUCGGAAACAAUAGUUAUCAGAAAUCAACUAUGAUGGAGUCAGAGUCUAUGUCUCCAUCGCCGCUCAGAUCAAAUGAGAACUCCCCAUCGCUAGGAGAAGCUGACGAGGGUGCGUCGGGCGCGGGCUCGGUGUGCGCGGAGGCGGAGGCGGAGGGCGAGGCGGUGGACGCCAGCAUCCACACGCCGCUCGUGGCCGGCACGCCGCCGCCGCCCAGGCUGCAGCAUCAUCGGACGGAGUCCGGUGGUGGUGGUGCUAAUGCUGAAGCGGCGAUAGCACUCGUAGGUCAGCUGUUCCCCGCCGCAGUGUUAGAGGAGAACUUCGCCGAGCGCCUCGUGUUCUCCGUGCCGCAGUCCGCUGUCUCCAGCCUCGCCAGGUGUUUCCAGCAGAUUGAGGACGCGAAAGAAAAGCUGAACAUAAUAGAGUACAGCUUUAGUCAAACGACAUUGGAGCAAGUGUUCCUGAAAUUCGCACAAACUGAAAACGCCGAUUCUACAGACCAACAAGAACAUUAAACCGUUGAUAGUAUUGUAAGUGUGACGUCACUGUUUCGACUUGGCGUUAGGUAGCGGUAGAAAAAUAAAUCCAACAAUAUUUUUACAAGAGGAAAAUAACUAAGUCCAUAAUAUGAGGGUACUUCGAAAAUAUUCUCAUACGAUCUCGAUAGGAGUACAAAAAUCCAAGAAUUUCAUAGAUUAUCGUAGACUCCUCAAAUAUUAUAAAAAAACAAUGGCAGCUAUAGACAACGUAGAAACAAGAUGGCCGGUUGGAUGUUGUAAACGGUCAAGUCAAAACAGUGACGUAUUUUGUGCUUUUUUGAAAAGAAAAUGUAAAAUAAGAAUCGCUUCUGAUAUUAAAUAUUGUGUAGUUAAUUUAGUUGAGUUAUGUUUAUAGCCAACGGACUUAUGGGGACUUUUGGCGCCAAUUCGAGGUUUUAAACCUUAGCAACUAUUUGAAUAUUUUACUUUUGACUUUCUAGUAAUAUCGACUACAAUUUAAACUUUAAUGCCUACAUAAUACAUGACUUUUGAAAAAGUAGUGAAAACCUUAUUGUUUGCCUUUAAGAAAGACACCCGAGCCAAGUGAUAUUUCUACAAUAUUUAACUCCGUAACAAAAUACUCGUGACUUAUCGAAAUGAAAUAGCAUUUCUAUAUAUUUGUGCGUUAUUUAUUGACGUUGAUAAAAGUAGAUAUUCCUCUUGGAUAAGAAAGCAGGACGCCUCUCGUUAUUAUCUCACUGUUGCCCAUCUUUUUUUCCCAGGCGUCAUCAAUAUUUUUAUUCUCGGUGAAAGAGAUUUCAAAAUGUCUUUCUAAUUAAAUUCUAUCAAGAAACAUCUGUAAUCUAUUUUUAAUGUUAGAUGAAGUUGGCAUCAAAAGUACCCCACUAUGUAAGUACAGGCUACAAGCUUUGUAAUAUUUCCGGGCGAAGAGAGAAUAUUACCUAGGUGUGUAGACAUAGGAAAUGUUGACUGCGUGACGUUUUAUAAUCAUUUGAUACGUUUAUUCGCCAGUUUUAUAUUAUAUAGGUACACGUGAGGUAAGGAUUGUGUUAUCUGUGGAGUUAAAGCUGUUUUUUUUAUAUUUGUGAUAUUUUUUUAAGAUCGUUCUUAAUUUAAACGCUAUAAGCCAAUAUGACACUAGUGAUGGUUAAAAUUUGAAGCUUUUCCAUGUCAAAGUGAGAUAGCGCUCUAUAUUAUGGAUAGUUGUAUCUCUUUUGCACAAAGGAUACGUUUUUGCUUUUAAAGCCCGAGGUUACCUUGUAAAAAAAGAAGUUUUUUUUAUAAAAAUUUUGCGCAUUAUAACCUUUUCUUGUUAAUGACUUUAAAAAUGCGGAUAUUAUUAUUAAUGUAAUGAACGCCGAAUAACAGACACAAUCCUUACUUGACAGUAGAUAUAAUGUCAUUCACAGCGUACGGUCUAACAGUGCCUAAGAACGUUAUACAAUGUGUAACAAAAUAAAUGCAGGACUUUCAAAAGGAAUACAUCAUUAUGGACAACUUUUAUUAAACGACUAAUAAUCUACACGCGAAAUACAUUUUGUAGAGUCAUGAAAGCCCAGAAAUGUAUGGAGAAGUCAAUUUAUGUUUUGCGAUUACCUAAUUAUUUUUCUCAUGAUAAAAGUUGUUCCUUAUGGUUAAAAUGAGCAAUUGAAAGAUUUUGCGUUUAUUCUGUUAUACGGUGUAAAGAACCUACUAUCACUUCUUAAAGUACGGUGGAACAGAGACAGCGAUAGCCCAUGUAGAGCGCUGUCCCUCUUCCACACUUCAAGAGGUGAUGGUCGGUCCCCUGGUUAUAACCAUAUGGAAGUUUAUAUCUUUAUUCUUAACACCAAUGUGAUUUUUUUAAGUCUUAGAUAAAAACAUUGUGAUUGAUUUUCUAGUCGCUAGUUGUGUGUUUCAUUUUGUACGGAGAAGGAAAAAAAAAGUUCAGUAUUGAUUUUCAAGCUUGUUGAAUUUGUUAAACAAUACUUAUGAUUAAAUAGGUGAUAAAUAAACAAAUUAAAUGGUACUAAUAUUUCAUACAAACCGUCUUUCCCUUUAUAAAUGUAAUGCGUAAUGUCCAAACUCGAAGCUCAAUACAAAAUGCCGCACACACGAAUAUAUUUAGUUAUAAUUUAUAGAAUUUUACAUUUUCAUAUAUGUUGCUAUGUUUAAUAAUGUCGAUACGUAUAUUAUACUGCGAUUGUUGACAAAUUGUCUAAAAACCUAGUCUUUAAAGUACGGACUGUGAGGUGUAAGUACAGUUUCCAUUGGCUCGCCGUGUCGGGUGUCAAAUGUAUUACAUAUACCUUGGAAAGGGAAUGAUAUAGCUAAGUAGGAACUACGUUAUACGUUGACUUCAUCAUUAUAAUUACUUUCGUGAGGAUAUAAGAACAAUUAUUUAUUAAUAACGGUAUAAUCGUGCGUAUUUAUCGGGAAUAAAUAGUUUCGGGCCCAACCGGAGUCCUUAAUCAUGAGCUGUCUAGACGGCUGACUUAACAUAAUGUUCUAAAACAUCACAUUUAUUAAAAAAAAGUAAGACGAGUAAUUUUUUUACAUAAUUGAUUAAAGUAUUAAUUUCAAAAGGUUUUAGUAACAUAUUUUUAUCUAGACGUGAUAUGAGUGUUAGGUAUUCCCGUAUGCGCUAAGGUUUCAAUAACUUUCUAAAAGACAAUAAUUAAAAUAUUAUGCAACAAUAAAAAAAUAAAAUAUUUUCAGAUAAAAAAUUGGCCCUGGAACGCUAAAUACUUACGUGAAAUAUAAUAUAAAUACAUAAUUGUCUGGUAUACAGAAUCUAAGUCUCAGCGAGCAAUGAAACAAAAUUGUACUCCAACAUCCUGUAAUAUUAAAUAAUUGAACUAAGUUUAAUAAAACAACGUUUAAAGUCCGCAUAAAUAUCAGAUCGGAACGCAGUCCAAUAAAACUAUUUCGAUAAUAUUUAUAUCUUUACCUAGCUAUAACAAUCCCUUAUCCAACUACCCAUAGCUAUUUGAAUAUUAUUUAAAAUAUAAAGAA